GCGUUCGGCACUGGCGCGCUUCUGCUCAUAGUUGAAACUAUCUCAUGAAGUCAGUGUUGCGCGCCAUUGCAAAACCAGUUCUUCUCCCGCUUCAUAUUCUCCGGGCCACGACCUCCCUAGUCACCGGCAGCAUCAUGCGUGUGCUGCCUAAGGCGCAAUGCGCCAGUCUGCGCUGGGCGGCAGCAGCACCGGGCAGUGUUCGCGCGGCAUCGCAUGCUGUGCGCGGGCCCGCCGCGCCACAGGCGGUUGCUCAGGCCCAGGAGCUUCCCCCGGAUGUCGAGUCGCUUAUCAAGCGAAUUCACGCCAGUCGCACAAAGGCAGUCGUGUACACAACCGGCGGUGCGGUGCAGUCCAUCUCCUGGCUGCUGUCGGUGCCGGGCGCCUCGGCCACGGUGCUGGAGGCGGCGGUGCCGUACGCCCGCGACAGCCUGGUGGAGGUGCUGGGGGGCAAGGAGCCGGCUCAGUUCUGCUCCGCCGGCACCGCGGCCGCCAUGGCCGAGGCCGCCUACCGCCGCGCCGCCGCCCUCAGCGGCUUCGGCGACGGCAUCGUGGGCGUGGGCGCCACCUGCGCCCUGGCCACGUUCCCUCUCAAGCGCGGCGAGCACCGCGCCUACGUGGCGGUGCACGGCGGCGGCGGGCGGCGCUGCGUGUCGCUCACGCUGAGCAAGGGCGCGCGCAGCCGUGUGGGCGAAGACGACCUGGUCAGCAGGCUGCUUGUUAAGAUCCUGGCGGAGGCCUCCGGUGUGGACGCAGCCAACUUCCCCCUGCCACUCAUAGGGCCCCAGGGGGAGGGGGCGGCAGCCGCCGCCGCCACUGCUACAGCCACCGCUGCUACUACAGCCGCUGCUACUACAGCCGCUGCUGCUACAGCCUCCCCCCAGGCGCCGGACGUCCUCCACGACGACUGCGCGGCGGCGGGCGACCCCCUGCAGCGCCUGCUGGCUGGGGAGGUGCGCUGUGUGGAGUACUCGGGCGGGGGGCCGUCCGGCGCGCCGGCGGAGGUGUGUGUGGACGCGCCGCGGCCGGGGCGGGUGUACCUGCCCGGCUCAUUCAACCCGCUGCACGACGGCCACAAGCAGCUGCUGGCGACUGCGGUGGCUGCGGCCAGCAAGGCGGCGGGGCGGCAGCUGGAGGGCGCCUUCGAGCUCACGGUGGAGAACGCCGACAAGGGUCUUCUGGGGCUCGAUGAGAUUCGGGCGCGUGUGGCGCAAUUCGUGGCGGCGGGGCUGCCGGUGGUGGUGACGAGGGCGCCGCGCUUCAACGACAAGGCCGGCUUGCUGCAUGCCGCGCGGUUCGUGGUGGGGUACGACACGGCGGUGCGGCUGGUGAUGCCCAAAUACCACGGCGACAGUCUCAUGCAGAUGCUGCUGGACUACUCGGGCUUCCGGCACUCGGGCUGCAGCUUCGUGGUGGCGGGGCGGCGGGACGGCGCCAGCGGCCGCUUCCUCACCCUGGCUGACGUGUCGGUGCCGACCCAGAUGGCGGAUCUGUUCCCGCUGGGUCUGACGGAGGCGGACUUCCGGAUGGACAUCAGCAGCACAGAGCUGCGGCAGCGGGCGGCGGCGGUGAAGGGGUGACGGGGUGGGGGCGAAAGGAGAGAGAACGUGCGUGUGCGGAUGGAUGGGUGAGGGAUGAGGGAUGAGGGAUGGUUUCCUCGGAGUUUAGCACAGUUUGAGUCGCAGCCGCACGACGCCACUUCAAAUGCAUUAUACAUUGGCGCCAAUGCACAGCUGCGAGCUGGGUCACGCAUGCAUACGGUGCAUGAGCAUGCGUUGCAUGCUUUGUUUUGUGCAUGGUUGGGUCGCUGUGGCGGUUCAGGGCAGCACGGGCUGAGGUGACCUGUUUCCACAUCAGGCAAGCGCAAAUGCAGCUAAUAGAACCCGGAGGCUGUGCAAAACCUUGAAGUUGCCAUAAGCGAUGUUGCACGUGUGUGGUGAAGCAGUCACAGCACCCUGCGGGGCCAACCGCGCCGGCGGUGCCUGGAUGCUAGGCAGGCAACGAAGCGUUGGUGGAUUUUCGAAGUCCCAAAACCCACACGCGGUACUACUGUGAUAUUCUGCAAUGGCAGCGCUGCGGGGCGGCGGUUUUGGACGGGGUGAGUGAAGAGGUUUCAAAGGACCCGUUGAGGCAGGGGAGGCAGAGGGAGCCCAGGGCUGCCUGCGCCGUAGAGCGGAGGGGGAGAGGAAGCAGGCUGAAGGUGCGUGGCGGCCCCUGAAUGCGCGUACCCAAGUGCGUCCGUGUAGACAUAGGGUCAGGCAAGCGUUGGUUUGUAAGGAGACCGUUAGGAGGUUGUGACAGUGACGGCAGGCGGGGGACGCGGAAGCAAAGGUGUGAAGUGGUGGGUGGCAGACUGGGAGGUGGGGGCACGCGCUUGACGAGAAGGCGAGGAUCUAC